AUCAUGACGACUGUUGAGCUCUAUCAUUUACGGAUUAUAUAUUUCUAUGUAACAUUGCUCUCUGAAUUAGUAGGGACAUCACCAUUAUUUUUGUGUCAACACGUUCAGCAGUCAUCAACCAAUGGUUCGUUUGUUGCCAGUCUUGGUUGUGAUGACGACAAGGAGACCUUCUCGCUGACCAUUGAUGGAGUUAAUGAAGUGUGGUCUGUUGACCUGAACAAUACUUUAACAAUUGGUUGGAUCUAUGUCAGCGUUUGUACUGGACAUUAUGAAGUACACGUUACAGAUGGUAACCUAACAACAAGCACGUCCACACUGUGUCGGAAUUUCAGUUUUACCGGACCAAAUUCCUUAAAGAAAAACAACAAGGCCUUGGAAUGUUCCACAGAAAUGACAGGGGAUACAAUUGUCAUGACAAGAACAGAUUUUGGACCAUUGAGGCUGUUUGACUUGUAUCCCAUCAUUUGUCCCGAAAACCACUACGGACCAAACUGCACUAAAUGCAAAGCAGAGUGUAUACCCUGUAGUCCUAUCACUGGUGUAUGUUUGAAUUCGAUGUGUGACCAAAAAACAGGUAGAUGUGAAGAUUGGAAAACAGAAAUGGUUACAUACAGUACCGCCUCUGACGAAGACACACCUAGUACUAAGGAAAUGAACGUCAUUCAAGAUUUGAAAACAGAAAGGGCUACACACAGCACCAUCGCAGAUGAAGACACACCUAUUACUAAGGAAAUGGAGGACAUACAAGAGGUCAGCUCCAACAGAGGGGACCAGACUCAGUCCAUCAUAGUGCUGUUUGUUCUCGUGGUGAUAGCUGUGGUUUUGGUUUUUAUUGUGGCUUUCCACUUUAAAAAAAGAACAAAAACACCAAAAGUGCAAAUCAAUGAGGAAAAUGUCUUUUCCGUGGAAUUACAUGGAGUAGAAUCACGAAACGAAUACGAACUAGAGGAGAUUCCCCAGAACGAGGUUGGCGAUGUUGAGGAUGAAAUCAUCACCGUAGAGUACAGUAAUCUGACGUCACAAAGGGUCUCCAUUGAUCAGUUCAUCAGAGAAUUACCAGAAAAAAGAAGCAACGGAAUCCUGGAGAAAGAAUUCGAUGAACUUCCUACUGGACUACUAGAGUCCUAUUCCAAUGCUCUGAAGGCUUCCAGUAGAAAGGGGAAUCGAUACAAAGGAAUUUAUCCAUAUGAUUAUAAUUGCGUGAAAUUGAUGAGAACAUAUGCAAAUGAGAACGAUGACUUUGUCAAUGCAUCUUACAUACAUGGUUUCAACAAAGAGCGAGCGUACAUAGCCGCACAAGGUCCUUUUAAUCCCAAGACGUUAGAGGAUUUCUGGACGAUGAUCUGGCAGAAUGACGUCACAAGGAUCGUCAUGCUGACCAACCUUUACGAAGGAGAUAGGAUGAAGUGUCUGAAGUACUGGCCGGACACGGAUCUGGACAUCGGUCAAUACACCAUAAGACUGGACAAUGUGGAUGUGUACGACCACUACGUGCUGAGAUAUAUGGUUGUUCAUUGUCAGGAAGAGGAGAAGAAAGUGACCCAGUUUCACUUCACCACCUGGCCAGACAAUUCCAUUCCUGAUGAUCCGACGUCACUCUUUUACUUCCGUAACCUGGUCAGAAAUGGAUUGACCACAUCUGAUGGACCGAUAGUCGUUCAUUGCAGUGCUGGAAUUGGGAGAACUGGAACAUUCAUAUCAUUUGAUUACCUCCUGGAAGAGGGCGCUGCAGAACAGACAGUUGAUGUCAAGGGGUACAUUGCUUCUUUAAGACAGCAGCGCGGAGGAUCUGUGCAAACUUGUGACCAGUACAUCUUUCUUCAUGAGGCACUUAUGGAAGGAAUUUCAAACAACAAUGUUCACCAUGGUUGUCUAUCUGUGUUGUAACAUAUGGGUAUAUGAGAAAAAUAUAACAUACUUACACACAAAUAGUUUGCUUCAUUUUCACAUAAGGAGACAUCAAUAUGACAAGAGUGUUUCGAUGUCACGUAACAGGAACAUAAGAAUACCAAAGUACACUUCAUUCCGUCGUGCAUUGUUCAUUUGUAUAUUCUAUGCAGAUUAUUGUUUCAAAGUAUGAUUUUCUUCAUGUCUUAUUUAAAAAAAAAUCUCAUUCCUAAUCAGAUAUUUUAAAUUUUUCUUUACGAGA